UUGUGCAGUUAACGACCUUAUCUGGAGACGCACCCUAUUGGAUCAAUUAUAGUUUAUAACACCCAGCUGCAGGUUAGGGAUAAUAGACGAGUGCUUAGUCUAUUGCUGUGCAAUCAACAGAAGGGAGUAGUGUUUGGUGUUCUUCGUUUGGCCUUAAUCACUCGGUUGUAAUUCGCUAUGGAAGGUAGAGUGAACCAACCCAUCGUAGACCGAGAGCUUGACUCCUUCCGUGGGCCAUUGACCACUGAUGACGUACCAUCGACCGUGCUAACUAUUGGAACCGGUAGGCUACCGGUCAGCGACCACGUCCUCUGGUCUCUUUUCAACUUUCUUCACUGUAACUUCUGUUGCCUUGGGUUCCUGGCUUUAGUCUUUUCCGUUAAGUCUAGAGACUGUAAAGCUGUGGGAAAUGUGCAUGGAGCUGAACACUACAGCUUGACAUCCAGAAACCUGAACAUAGUUGCAACAUCUCUGUCCAUCCUUACUUUUGUGGUUUUGUUUGGACUGUUAGUUGCUGGUGUGAUCCAACUUCCCCAUCACAGAGGAUGAAACUCUAAUCCAGGAUGAACAUUAUAGAUCAACUGAUGGCUACCAAUCGAUCACCACUGACUCUGUCACUGAAAUACUUCAAACACCACAUACUUCUAAAUUUGCUUAUUCUGAUGAAUAAAUGAUUGAUUUGCAUAAUA